GGCAGCUUCCUGAGGAAAUCGUGAGUUUGCUGCGGGCGCAGUUUUCAGAUUUGCCUUUUGAGCUGCACAGCUGGAGGCAGAUGGCAGAAUACUCACCAGAAAUGAGGCAAUUUGCCUGUAUUCUCCACCUCUACCAUAUUAAGGCCUAUGAUUAUCUGCGGAAGAUUUUUCCCCUCCCUCAUCCCUGCAGCCUGACAAAUUGGCUGUCUAAUAACGAGGCUGCUGCAGGCUUCAGCAAUGACAUUUUUCUCCGGCUUCAGGAAAAGGUGGAGAGAGGGGAUCAGGCCUACUGCUACUGUGCUGUGAUGGUACAAGACAUGUCCCUGCAGAAGCAGCAGGAGUGGGACCCACAGACCAGGCGCCUGACAGGCUUUGUUGACCUGGGAGCAGGCAUCCUUGAUGCUGAUGAGGCUCCGCUGGCCUCGGAAGCAAUAAUCCUCAUGGCAGUCGGCAUCUCCAGUCCCUGGACAGCUCCACUGGGCUACUUCUUUGUGAACAGCAUGACUGGCCGCUUGCUUGCUCAGCUCUUUCAUCAGACCAUCAGUAAGCUGAAUAACAUUGGGAUCACGGUCCUGGCUGUGACAUCAGGUGCCUCUGCUUGCGGUGCUGAGACCGCCAGAGCUUUGGGGAUCAGGAUGGAUCCCGAAAGGAUUAGGUGCACUUUCCAUCAUCCGCCUGGUUCUGCUCACAGCAUCACAUACUUCUUUGAUGUUUGUCACGCCCUUCAGCUGAUAAGGAAUGCUCUGCAGUGCUUCCAGAAAGUAGAGUGGCUCAGUGACACUAUGUGGUGGCAGCAUGUGGUGGAGCUGGCAGCUCUGGGGGAGCAGAGGGUGUUGGAGCCAUGCAGUCCCAGCUCAGGCAGAUCUGGGAGCAAAGAGAGUUACCACCUGAAGGUCAACUUUGCUACACGGUUGUUCAGCGAAGGUGUUGCCGAUGCCCUAGAACACCUCCAGAAGCUGGGCCUGGCCUCAUUUCAGAACUGCAGUGGCACUGUCAAGUUUGUGCGUUUGAUGAGCUCUCUGUGCGAUGUCUUUUGUGGCAGAGGUCCCUAUGGAAAGGGACUGAAGGUGCCUUUGCUGGCUGGAAAUUACACCAAAAUAAGCAACCUCUUCAAUGAGGCCAAGAGCUUCUUUGUCACCUUAACAGACUCUGUGGGGAGAUACAUUAUUAAGAGCAAACGCAAACUAGGAUUUCUGAGUCUCUUGCUCAAUGCUGAAAGCCUGAAGUGGCUUUACUCCAACUACAUGUGUCCAGAAGGCACUCCUUCCCACCACCUCCAGACCUACGCCUUCAGCCUGGACCCACUGGAGCUGUUUCUCAGGGCCCUCCAGCAGGCCUGUGGCACCAGUGGGAGCCCCACCUGCACUGUGUUCCAGGCUGCUUAUCACAAACUGCUGGCCAGCUGCAGCCUGUCACCAGGCUCACCACACGGCAGUGGCUCAGGCAAUGUGAGCUCCUUGGACGUAUCCCUGUCUCAUAGCAGAGAUCUGACCCUGGGCAGCAUUCGUGCUCAGUAUAACCCAGCUCGUGGGAGGGCACUGGCAACGGAGUACCCCUUCUGCGCAGGCCUCCUUUUGCACAGCUCCGCGCUGAGUAACGCGCUGACGGACCUGUCACUCCACGCAUGGAGCGUCACCUGCGCCGCCAGCUUCGUGGCUGAGCAGUUGGCCUGGGACUUGCAAUGCGAGGCUUGUCUCGCUUCCCUCUUUGACUCAGAUGAGAGCAGGCUGAGGUGCAGGUCAGUGCUCUACGUAAAAAAGCUAGGCAGAGUGAGUCUGCCCUCGGCAAGUGUGCACUGCAUAGCAAGCAUUUCGGAACGAGUCCUAAAGCGGUACGGUAACAAAAAUACCAAGCUGUGGCAUUCGUCUCUAGAACAGAAAGUCUUCCAGGAGCUUCUGGGAGAAAGGCCCCUCUUCCCCACCCUCACAAACCAUUUAUUUGAGGGGGAGUUGAGCAUCAACAACCACUACACAGUUUUACUAAAGAAAAUAACAAGAUGUUACUUAAACAUGAGAACAAACCCUGCGCAACACCUGAACUUGAAAUACCCUUGUGGAAGGCACAGAUUGAAAAGACAUUUAUUUCCAUCACCACUGGGUAGCUGUCAGUCAAGUUGUACUCAUGUGGCAUCAUGAGUACUCUGCUGUUGCAAGGAUGGCUGUGCCCUGCUGAGGGGCUCAGCAAUGGCUGGAUCUAGGGAACGCGUGUCUUCCCAUGAUUCGGCCACCAAAACUGGUAUUAAGCAGUGAUGUGCUGGGCCUCAGCAAAGCACCCGAUUGGAGUCUGACUAAGCAAAUCAAGGAGGUUUAUCUGAUCCUGCAAAGCAGCCACACACUUCAUGAAACUUGUGUGGCAGGUCAGGAUGAGCAAGGGUUGCUUGAGGUGCCUGGGACAGUGGUAGGAGACACUGCAGUGUCCCCCUGGAGGUGCUGGGUGGCUCCAUGCUGUGAGCGCUCUUGCCAGGAGAAAACUGAUGCGUAUUCCAUGUG